AUGGCCGAGCCGGAGACAGAGCCGGGCCCAGAGCCCGGGCGUGCAUGGCGGGUGCUUGCCCUGUGUGGGGCUGCAGUGUUCCUGGCAGCAGCCGCUGCUGGCGGGGCCCUGGUGGCCUGGAAUCUGGCUGCCUCUGCUUCCCGGGGCCCUCGCUGCCCGGAGCCAGGGGCCAAUGUCACAGCACCACCUGAGGACUUGCUGGCUGAGGUUGAGGAUCUGCGGCGUCAGUUGGCAGAGGCUGCCCAGCGCGAGGAAGCCCUGGCCAGGCAGCUGGACCAAGCCAAUGGUGUCCGUUUUGAGUUGGAGAAGGCACUAAAGGCCUGUGAGGGCCGCCAGAACCGGCUUCAGACUCAAAUAAUGGCACUGAAGAUUGAGAUGGAAGAAGCCAAGGCACAGGGAACCCAGAUGGGGGCAGAGAAUGGGGCGCUGACAGAAGCGCUGGCGCGCUGGGAGGCGGUGGCCACGGAAUCUGCGCGGCGACUGGACCAGGCUCAGCGACGCGCAAGCGCGGCGGAGACAGAAGGCGAGGCCUGCGUAGCCCGCGAGGCGGCACUGCGCGAGCGCGUUAACAACCUGGAAGCUGAGAUGGGUACCCAGUGCAGAGGGCCGCGGCCUCGGCCUCGCUCAGAGUCGAGACCCCGGCCCAGCCCCCGCUCGGGGUCCAAACCCCGGCCAAGUCCCGGCUCUCGCUCUCGUCCCGGACCUUCUGGGGGCUGCCGGCGGCCAGCGAGGCGUGCACGAGGGUGAGUUGGUCCCCAGCAGAGUGAGAGCUGGGUCCAAGAGGACAAACUCUGUGGAGGUCCUGCGGGAAUGUGUGUGGAGGUGCCCACGCUGGGUGAGAUGCUCAUUGACACCUAUCAACGCUCAAGCUCAACUUUAGACCCAGGAGCCGCCCUGGACGGAAACAGUACAUGAAGGAGAUUCAGCCCUGACCAAAUAGUGCUUAUUCUGCAGAUGGGGAAACUGAGGCCCAUUUGAUUACGCAGUGAGAUAAUCCUGAACUAGGAUUUGAAGUUCCCUCUAACAACAGUGUUGCCCUCAUCCCACACAUAUGGGAACUUGGGGUCCAUCCCUGGCUCAGGAGUGAGUGACCUGGAGAGGUCACUUUCCUUCUCUGGGUCUUAGUUUACCCUGUCUGUAAAACAGGUGAUUGGACUCAUGAUAGGGAGCAGGCAUAUCCUUGACACCAAAACCAGGCAAAGAAGACACAGUAGGAAAACUACAGACCACUCCCUCUGUGAGGAGUGUACAAAACUCUCAGAUGAAAUUUUUAACAUAGAGAACAAAGUAACAUGUUUUACAAGUACUCUGCAACAAAAGGGACUUAUGCAUGAAAUAGAUGGAGGUAUGGUUCAGUAUUCCACUGAAGUCUAUUAAUCAUUGUACUAAUUGAUUAAACAAGAAAAUUUAUAAAUUCUAUAAAGGCCAUCAAAAUCAGGGUCAAGGUGAGGAUGUCCACUGUCAAGUAUUUAAUAUUGGUCUAGAAGUAUUAGCCAAUGCAACUAGACAAGAAAAUGAAAUAAAGGUAUGAACUAAAGGAAGAAAAUCUAUAGGUUAAACAAUACAAAAAUGCUGUUUAUAUGGGUCAAAAAAAUUGAAAUAUUGACAUUUUCA